AUGACGAUUAAUCCUGAAGCACCAAGGCAGAACCAUCAAGUUGAAGAGGUACCUGCUCAGAAAAAGAAAGAGGAAACUAAACCUAUCAUGAUGAAACAGUUGGAAAAAUUUAUUCAAACUGACAACUUAAGUAAAGAAGAGAGAGAAGAGGCCUGCACUUUCUUUAAAGAAGAAAGCUGUUUACUUACAAUAGAACAUCAGGCUAGUAGGAAGCAUAGUGAUGCAGAUGCACUUUCUCAGCAAUAUUACCCUCAGGAAGUUAGUAGUAAUAGGGUAGAAAUAAAUAUUAGUGCACAAAAAUGUAGGGAAUGGUUACUCUUGCUAGUAGAAUAUGAUGCUGAGGAAUGUGAAGUAACAGAGACAUGGUGGGAUUCUGAUGAAGAAUUUGAAACGUUUAUGAUGUUAGAAGAUGUGGUUGACAAAAGGAAAAAAGAUAUAAAAUUGGAAGAAGGUAAAGAAUUAAGAAGUAGUUUGAUAGGAUUUACAACCCAUAUUGAUAGAAAUAGGCUUGGAAUCCAAGACAGUAACCUAAUAAAGUUCCAAAAAUUGACGAUAGGAUACCAUAUGGCAUUACGCUUUACCCACUUAACUAGGUCAUAUGGGUAUGCUGAGCCUUUGAACGAAUGUGUUGUUAAUGCUGAUAGAAAUGCCCAACUGAGGAGGAAUCAUGAGGUCAUAAUCGUACACCCACUUGAGAUCGAUAACAAGUUUCUACAAAGUCAAUGA